AUGACUACUAGAGAGAGUGUUGAGUUGAUGGAGACUCAGGAGGGAGGUCUGAAGGAGAAGCUACUUGGAGGCAAAGUCAACCAUGAAAACGAGGUUGAAGCAGAGGAUGAAAAAUCCCCUGGGGCUUACAACUGCAACAUCUGCGGACGCAGUUUCCCUUUCCUCAGCUCUUUGUCGCAGCAUAUGAGACGCCACACAGGUGCUCGUCCUUACAAAUGCCCCUACUGUGACCACAGAGCCUCUCAGAAGGGGAACCUUAAAGUCCACAUCCGAAGCCACAAGCUGGGCACAUUGUCCAGUCACCAUUCUAAUGAGGACGAAGAUGGCGGGGCUGAGGAGGAGGAGAUGAGUGUUUCAGAAGGUCUUGAUGGAGGUACAAGCCCCACUAAGAGCAGCUCAGCCUGUAACCGGAUGAUCAAUGGAGACAGUGGUGAAGAGAACCGAAGGAAAGUGCCGGGGAGGAGCAUGAAGAGAGAGAAGUCUGUUAAUGACCAAAGGCCUUUCUGUUGCCGUCUUUGUGGCUUUGAGGCUCUGCGAGAGGACCAGCUCCUCAGCCAUAUUGAGAAGGUCCAUAUAACAGCAGACGCAGAUGAGGAGACUAUUGUUAAAGAGGAGACUGUGACAGAAUCUGAAGCCCUCCAACCCCAAAACGAUGGGACCUUCCCCUGUGAGACCUGUGGCCAAGUCUUCACCCAGGCCUGGUUUCUAAAGUCACACAUGAAGAAACAUGCAGGGAUCUUGGACCACUGCUGUCGUAUCUGUGGGAGACGGUUCCGUGAAGCUUGGUUUCUCAAAUCACACAUGAAAACGCACAACACCAGAUCCAGGUCGCGGUCUAAAGCAGAUUCCGCUGAGAUUCCUGUGACCAUCAACGAUGUAGCCCAGGACCCUGACAUUGUUGCUUGCUCAAUUACAUCCACGUAUCAAGUGUGUUCUAAAUGUGGAAACCUGUUCCACAACAGGGAGAGCCUGAGGGUCCAUGAGAAAGUCCACAGUUUGAGCAAUGGCAGGAAAUCCCAAAGUGAAUGCAGACUUAGUGAUGAUGAGGACUCACCAGCUGCUAAAAGACGAUACCUUGAGUACCUAAACCUUAAGCCUGCCAUAAAGAGCUUGGACGAAGAGGAAGAGAGUGAGAGUAAGAUGUUGGGUCAAAGAAUCCCAGAGCUUGACCCAGUGUGUAGUUACCAAGCUUGGCAAUUAGCCACCAAAGGAAGGGUUGUGGAGCCAGUGGAGCCCAGUUACAAAGCCUCCUUUGGGGGUGGAAGCAUGGGCGAGGAGGCCCUCGCUGAAGCUGCUGUGGUUUUUGAGAAGGAGAGCAGUCGUUAUGUCCUGCAAAGUCAAGAGAAACGCGGCAGCUCAGGUCGACGUAGCAGCUCAGGUUUGGGAAGCCAUGCUUCAUCAGGGGACCGGACGCCAGAGAGCCUCAGUGACUCCGAGUACAGACCAGCUUCACGCCAAGACAGGAGGCGACCUUCUCAGUCACAAGCCUCCUCCAAAAACGAGUGCUUUGAGUGUGGGAAGGUGUUUCGUAGUCGCCACCAGAUGAUCGUCCAUCAGCGGGUCCACAGAAGGGAUGGAGGUCGAGCAUCUGUGGGAGACAAGGAAAGAUCUGCAAGAGAUGACAGAUGGGGCUCCACCAGCGAUCCAGACUCAGGUUCCCCCAGCAGGCCCUGCACUCCAGGGUAUGGAGACUCUCCACCAGCCUCCACGCUUGGAGACCAGGCCUCAGAGAUGGGUACAGCAAACUCUGGAGAGAUGACAGGUGAGUCUAAACCUCGAGCUCUGUCCUUGUUGGUAACCUAGAAGUGUUUCGAAUGUUCUUCUUUUUAAGUACUGCAAAGAUAGAGGUGCAUUACAUCUGUAUUCUUUCAAAUGGCCAGCAGGAGGAGACUCCUCUGGGUACAAUAAGAAGCCUCCAAUAUCAAUGGGGUCACUGUCAAAGCUUUAAACACUGUUGCCAUUAUCACUAUUGAUCGCUUAUUAAGUAACUUUGUAGGGAUUGGCAACAGAAAAUAAGAUCACUGGCUGUGUUGCUAUUUACCUGGAUUUCAGGAAAUGAUUUUGGCCACUUUCCCCUAUUAUCUCUUCUCUCCUGGCACCCAGAAGCCCAUCAGACUGCACUCCCAUCUUAAACCAGUAACUGUCACUGACUCGUUAGGCUAGCCUUAGAUGGAAAUUAAUGUUUCUGCUGUGAUGUAGAAUGUUAACAGGCAGGGGUGAAAUUUGUCAGACACAUCUCUGUGGACUGAUUUGAUAUGACGUGAGUGACUGGGUUGUCCCUGGCAUCACUAUUGAGAGUUAUUUGCUGAUUAUAUGAAGUUUUGACCAAUUGGAAUCAAGUAUUGAACAGAGCUGAAUAAAAGACCAACGUUUUUGAAUAAUCUUUUUUGAGCAGUUAAAAGACAAAUAGUCAGUGUUCUCCGUGUGUUUGUUUAAGAUACUGACUUGAGGCGGAUAACAGAUCUUUGGAAAUAACUUCAUAGUAUGGUAUUCAAGUAAGUGAAUGGUAUGUACUGAAGAUUAGCAAAACAAACAUGCUCUGUGGGUUUUUUUCAGUGACAGAAAUGACUGCGAGCCUUUUUAAGCCUCCCACUCGAGGCCUCUGACUCUGUCACUCUGUAGUAAACAUCUGUUGAUGAAAUGGGCUUUGUGUAGGUGCUGAACAUGAGAUUUCGUGGAGUGGAAACUAGAGCCCCCAUGUGGCAAAAUGACAAAAUUACACCCCUCUGAGGCUCUUUUAUAGAGAGCUGCUCAAAAUUACUAUCAAACAAUGUCAAUAAAAUUUAACAGCUGCUUGAAAUUCUGUUUACAGCGGGGCGGUUAUUUGGUGUCACAGAGCGGUAAAGCAAACUGUUAAGUGCAACCUUGUGACUUCAGUGGCAUGUCAGUGGAAAAGGGGGCAUUUUUGAAAUGCCUAUCAUUUUUUACCUCCACAACCAAUAAACACUGCAGAGCAAAAGGAGGAGACCUACCCAUGCAAGGGCAAAAACACCCAUAAUCAUGACUGGAAUAGGCUACAAGAGGAUUCCUGUGUUUGUGCUCCAGAGCUUUGCUGUCUUUAUAUUUUAUCCUACAAUCCCUCUGAAAACACUCUUCAUGCAGGUUAGGAUAGUAGACAGCAACGAGCCGCAGUGAUUGUUUCCAUUCCUCCAUGUUAGAAUAGAGAUUCAAAAAUAGCUGCAACAUUUCUUCAGGCCUGAUCGAGCUGUGAGCUAUUUCAGGUCUUCCUGUCUCAGGAAACUCCCCUCGCCCCCCUUAUCUGUGCGUGAAUAUGGUUUUUGCUCUCCCUUUUAUGUCUUUGUCAUAAAAUUCUGUAUCCGUAUUUCCUUGUUCCAUUUGUUGAGGUUGUCGCCCAUAAAACAAACGAUUAUUAGUCUGGGAUACAAUAGCAGCCAUGCUGUCUAACAGCUGAAGGUGAGUCUUACCUUCUUGUGCAGCUGGAAGUGUGCUCUGCGGUAAUCAGUCUCUCAUAAUGCACAGGCAUGGUGUCGGGUUUCAGGAAUUGCAGGUUGGAGACAAAAUUGGUCAAGGUCAACAAUGACGGCAAAUUUAUUGUAUAGAUUGAAGUCAAAACCUGCAGCUUUAACAGAUAUUGUUAAAUGUGAUAGCCUCUGUUGAUGCCCUUCAAAAACAUUUGAUUAAAUACAGUAUAGUUGUAUUGAGGCCAAGUUUAUUUCAAGAAUUUAUAACUUAAAAAAAGGGAAUAGAUCUUUUUCUCGUAAUGCAAAACCAUCUGCCUUUUCCUCUGUUUUUCCCUCGCCCCUCUUUAAAUCCCCUGUGACUCUUUCCUAAUCUCUAAUGUCACCUCCUGUGGCACCUGCACCGCCUCUCAUCCACUCUUCUUACCACUGAGCCAGCCAGGCUGCCCCAUGUCUGAGAGAUUGGAUAUUUAUAGAGUCACCUCCUGAUUGAGAAGGAUUCAGGCAACGAGGAAGAAGUCACUCAGAGGACAGUUUAGUCACAGAUGACACCCUGAUGUCCCUUACAGACAUUUAGAUGGAAAUGCAAAUGAAAAAUUUCAGUCCCAGUACCAACAUGUGCCAAUCUGAAAAACUUUUAGAGCAAUCAGUUACUGUAUAGGGUUGUUUCCCUCUAUGGAAAAUAGUUUGCAAGCAGAGCAUGGAAUCAAUUGAUUUCCACACAGCUGUGAUUGCUGAAUCUGCACUGUUCACGGCCAAAACUAUGUGCAUCUACUGGUGAGAGCUGACAUCCAUACUUUCUUUUGAUCAGCUCUGUGCCAGUGUGAAAUUCAGGCUAUAUUUGUAUAGUAGCCAUCAAGUCAAGGUUGUAUGAAUACUUUGAAUAAACUCCAGGGUACAUGCAUUGUACUCGUUGUUUACCUUUGCCAAGGACACUUUUUAUAUGGUUACAACAUCAGCCCUACAGCAAGAUCAUGAUUUUAAUGGCCGUAUCUCUGUCUUUGUGUUACUCUGUAUGCAUUUUUUGCAUCGCUUGAUUGAAAAAGCAAGAUUGCCCACAUUGUCUGAUUUAGUUAUGAACUCUGACUUUGGGUGAAGCUUUUAAAAUCCCAGUAUUGAAUUGCACCAUUUCUAAUUAAUUACGGAUAAACAAAGGACCAAUAUGGACCCGACAGAAAAGGACUCACAGUCCUAAACACCUUCUCUACUGAAGUGCCCAGCCCUGGAGCAUCACCUUGGCAGAUCCUGAGCUGUGUGUUGCCAACAGGAAGCCGAAUGAAAAACAGAUGGCAGGUAGCUGGUGUUAUUCUGAAAAAAAAAGAGGAGUAGUGGGAUAUGAUCUGUUGUGUCACCGCAGACUCCAUCCAGUGUGUGCAAAAUCAAAUAGUCUCUUUUACCUGAUUUCUUCAAAUUUACAGGUGGAAACACUUGUAAUGCCUUUAAACACUCUUGAUAUUACUAAUUUGAUCAGUGUCUUUUCUUGUUCAGUAAUGCUCCUGAAAAUAAGCUCUGAAAAAAAACGAGUCUCUCAGGUGUUGCCAUGCCAAGGACCCCCAUGUAGCAGUAGCCUGUAGCUCCCCUUAUUACAAAAUUUCUUCUAUUCCAUGGAGCACAAGCCCAGAAACUCUAAAACAAUCUCCCUUUUUAAUCAAUGAAUUUGAAAAUAUAGUUUAAAUUUAUGUCUCGCAAGGUCUUUUUCAAAUUCUUCUCAAAAAACAUUUAUGCCCAUCACAGCUAUUCUUACCUGAUAUAACAAAGCCAUUCUUUAUGUAUGCUGGCUCAUACUGACUUACAGAUGGUGUUCUGUGGUCAGGGCUCUUUUGCUACUGUUUAGUCUGGUCACCUGGUGGUCUUUUCCCUUUUAGAGAUCUUUCCAUUUCCAGAAUUUUUAGGAAGCAAGUGUCCGGCAAAACAGCGACUCUCUGACCCAUCGGUGUCACUGAUAGCAGUUUCUUAACUCUGAUUGGCGAGCGUAGUGUGUGGUAUUUAUUAACAAUAAAAAGGAUGCAGAAUAUCAGUAUGUGGGGAUUAAUAACAAGCUGUUUUUAUUUAUCAGCAAAAGCAUGAACAGAAUAUUGUAUAUGCUUCCUUGACAAAUGGCCCACACGUCCAAUUACUCAGACACUUGAAUGAGUCAUUUGCAGGGUCUUUCUCUAUAGAAAUACACUACUCUUUGUUUGCAGUAUGACUGUCAUACAUGUCUUUAUGCAGACUAAUUACAGUCUUUGUGUCUACUCAGUUCUAGUUUGUAGAAGUGCACUCAUUCAGUACAUAGAAUCUUUUUUCUUAUUGUCAAUAACAAUAAAGCACUAUGUACAACAUAACUUUGGUCUGUAUCUAGUAUAUUUCUGGAUGCUUCUCCAACUAAAAUCAGUCCAGGGUCCAUGGGAACAGGAGCUUUCAGUAUUUUUUUUUUCACUCAGUCCUCAUUUAUCUCUCACUGAAAUCCCCGCAGCACUGGACAGUACCAUAAAUAUGAGAAUGGCCACCUAUCAUGUUGGGUUUUAUUUUUGUUAUGUUUGCCUCUUUUUUCUCUUCAAGUUUCAGCAACACCCCCUUACACCCCCCUGGUUGCCCCCAAGGGAGGUCAGGACCACUGCUUAAAAAAAACACUGCUCUGAAAGAUAUUGAAUUUUCCCAGAAACAAAUCGUUGUAUUCACUUUAUGGACAGGUCACAAGCGCCAUCUUGUGGGGAAAAUCUAAAACUGCACUCUGUGAAUCAACCGUAACAGUCACUGAAUUUGCAGCAGCAGUUUGAUAAAGUUACAGUUCUCAAGCCAUAUGGUUUUUAACCACCUUUAUAGGACCUGCACAACAUGAAACCCCGAAUCUGUUAUUAAUGUGUUUAUAAAAUUGUGCAGUUAUUUAUUUUGAUGAUCUUAUUAAGUGGUUUAUUGGAAUUUAAAAAAGUGAUCUGAUAGUAAAAAGUUGAAAAACACUAUGUGAAAAUAAAUGUGAGUUAUGACAUGAUCAUCAUAUAGAUGUGUCAUCUGUUACAGGUCACUGUAACUGUGCAGAGUCCUCAAACAGAAUCUUAUGGUCCUAUCAUAUAAGAGUUAUUGUUUUUACAUGGUCAGUGUGUUUUUGUCUUUGUAGAGGAUAUUUUAAUUUAUCACAGUAAAGGUUUACAGAUAGAAGGAAAGAAGCCCUUAGUGCAAACUUUUCAAUAGUGCCAUCUAGUGGCUGAUCAUCCAAACGACACCUGGCUGAAACAAUGUGACUCUGGCUUGAAUGGUUUCCUGAGCAGCCCCUGAUCUAUACGUUGUCUUUCUUCCUCCCCACAGAUGAAAAGCCGUACAUCCGCAGCCUUACUGACUUUGUCACCACGGACCUGCAGACCUAUUCUUCUCAUGUUCGUGUCAAAUCCUCUGAAGAAAGACCCAGCCCCAUCCCCAGCCCCAGCUCGUGCUCAGACAGAGGCACCCCCAGUGGUUACCCCAAGCUGAAGAACGCUCUCCUUCAGGAAAUUAACAGCUCAGCCUCGCCUUCUAGUUACCGUUCAGCUCGAUCUUCUCCGCUGGAUCCCAGCCUAACCCCUGUGGAUCUCUGUGUGAGGGCCGAGGGCUGUCGGGGCAUCUCCUCCCUGAACCUGGACAGGAAGAACCUGCCCAGCCACAAGUGCUCCUUCUGCUCCCACUCCACCCGCUACCCUGAGGUGCUGUGGAUGCACCAAACUGUGGCUCACCGCAUCAACAGCAGUAGCUCCAAUCUUGCUCCGAAAUGGGCCUUGAGGAAUAGCACCAAGAGCUCAAGGGAGAAUUCAUCAUCUUCCAAGAGACGCACUGGUCCUCCUCCAGUCCUGGAAGGCAAAGAGUGUCCACCACUUCCUCCACUGAUGAGCACCCAACGCACCCGGCCCCCAAACUUCUCCAGUGAGGUUAUAAAGAAGAGCAAGCCUCAAAGUCAAGCAGCCACGCCAUCAUCGUCAGCAGCCUCCUCCUCCUCCUCCUCACUUUCCAGGGGCUCCUCAUCCACUUUGGGCACCCAAGCUGGGAGAGUCCCUGUUCAAUCAGGUACCAGCUCCAGCAGACACACUGAAGACCAGAGUCACCAGUCCCGCUUCAGACCUAAAGUUGAUAUUUACCCCCAUGCGAGCUCAUCCUCUUCACCCAGCUCCUUGGAGAAGAGCACCAGAGUCCUCUCACGUUCCUCAGCCCCGAGUCCCAGCUCCGCUCCUCCAUCCCGAGUCUCUGACCGCUACAUGAUGCCUCAGGAGGGCCUGGGCUUCAUGCUGACCAGCAAACAUGGCCUGGCAGAGUACAGCCGAGCCAGGGGUUCCCCUCAUCAGCUUCCACCCAAGGCUCACCACAGCCAGGGACGGGCCAAUACCACGAGGCCCAGCACCAUCACCCAUAGUUCUGCAGCUGGACGCAACUACGGGACCUGUCAGGCCUACGGAGGCAGUCCACAGAAUCUUCCCUCCUCAUCCUCAUCCUCUUCCUCCUCCUCCUCCUCUUCUUUGCCUUCUCAAGCACGUGGGGAUGUAAAACAGGAGCUAAUGGCUGAGACACCAGAGAUGCCAGCUGACAUCCUGAGCUUCCUCAAGAACUACAGUCCCCAUGAGCUGGCUGCCCUCUACCACCGCUGGGGAGCAGCCAACGCCCUCCUGGAUCCAACUGGUGAGUUACAGCUUUCUUUAAUCGUCACUAUAGAUUCAUAUAUUAACAAGAUAUGCUCUGACAAGAAGACAAGGCCAUCAGUGACAGGAAUGACAUUUAUUAUAAGGUUAUUUAAGCGCCUGUUACUGCUGUGAGAGGGUUAGGUGUCCAAUAAGACAAUUUGCAGCUCUGUGCAGGAACAGCUUCAUUUGAUCCUGUUUGAAAGCAAACAUUCACAUUUCCCUGUUUAAAGGCAUCUUUGGUCAAAAAACACUACUUGCCAUGUGUAGAAAGAAACCAGUGAGGAUGUGCGAGGUUCAUUCUCUGACACGAACAGAAAAGUUCCUGACAGGAGCUUUAAUGUCAAGUCUACCAGAGACCACCUGAGCUGCUGCAGAAUCAUAACCAAGGCUGGGUUAUAUUGAAAUGUAUGACACGAAGAAGAACUAUGAGAGAUCAGAUCAAGACCACACACACACACACACACACACACUAGGACUGCACAAUUAAUCGAUUUUGAAUCGUAAUCUGAUUAUUUGAUGAUAUUUAUUUGACGAUGUUAAAAAAAUUUAAAUAGUCAAAUCAUCUGUCUCGCACCUCCAGGCCACCGUAGACUCCCCCUUCCUGCGGGAGGGCACCCCAGUUCCCACACACACCAGUGUGAACAAACAUGGCGAUAAUUUCGUGGCUAAUUAGGGCAAGAGUAAGUCAGGCAUGUGGAAUUGGUACGGCUUUGCAGUUUUGGUUAAGGACCAAACUACUCCCUGCUGCAAAAGUCUGUCUGAAGGUGGUAUCAACCCGUCCACACGGAAACGAAUUCAAGAGUAAACGCAAAAGUUUUUUGUCGUAUUGGCAUUUUAUCUACAGGAAAACAGAGUUUCGGCUGACUGUAAACUGUACUUUUCAUGAUACUUAGAUCUGUGACUGUAAACAAAAAUAUUUUAUUGGAGUUUACAGUAUAUCUUGGUAAAUCUAUAUGUUCUCACUUCAUUUUUUGAGCUUUUAAAAUUAGAAUACUGGAUAAAGCAAUACAACAGGAUAAGUAGAGACAGAAAAGGUGGACAAAAUGUGCUCCUUUAAAUACUUAAUGCCCCCCUCACAUCAAAGCACUAACCCAGUUUAGCAACCCUCGUCCAAAAAGUCUGGACACACCCUGCUUGCAGACAACAGGCACUCCUUGCAUCAACCCUUAAGGAUCCACAUUACCUAAGAAGAAAGAAAACAGAACAUUGUUUCUCAUAAUAACUGUAUAAUGUACAGUAUUCAUGUAUGUUCUGUGUAGAUUUGAAUGCAGUCUUAUUAACUAAAUCACUGUCAAUCAAUCUUUUUCUAUUUUCACAUUUACUAUUUUUUACUUGAACCAAACAGAAAUAUUACUUUUGCUCUAAGUCAUUAUUAUUAGAGCAGGAGAAGCUCAUGAAAGAAACUCACCCAAGUUCAUCAUAGUGUGUAUUUGGUCAGCAUGUGGCAUGAAACUGUAAUUUAGCCCACUCACAUCACUCUCUGCUGUGACGCAUUGGCUCUCUCCCCCCUUGGUGUGGGACUAACACCUGAGAAGAAGUGUUCUUCAGACAGGUCUAACACCACUCUUGAGAUCCACAUCACCAUCUAUAAGUAGUGAAAGACUCUGCUCAUCAUCAGCUCACAUACGCCAAAACGCCCUGAGGAGCUUUACUUUGGAGAAAAUGCCAAAUGUCAAGAGUCGAAGAGGAAUGUUUUCCAAUGACUGAACGUUUUGGUUGGCUGUUUGGAGCAGAAUUAACUAAAUUUGACAAAAGACAAAGCUACAAGACUCUGAAGGAUCCGGGCUUUACAUACGAGCAAUACUCAAUCAUUGAUAGAUACUUACCCCCUGAAUACACACUGUCUGUGUCUCAGACGAAUUCACCAUCUGGCAGAAAGUGAUUGACAGACACAUUAACUGCUCAGUUCUGACGGGGCAUUAAAUAAUGAAGAGAAGAUCCAUUAAACGCACAUGCGUGCCCGCAUGUUUGUGAGGUAAAAUAAAAGGCUGUAUCUGGGGCAGAGUGUGUGUGUGUGUAUGUGCGCCUGUGCAUGUGUGCCCGUAUGUGCUUGUUUUUUUUUUUUAGAUGGAAGUGUGCGCUUGUGUGUGUCUGUGUGUGUGUGUAUCUUUUUUUUUUUUUUAACUUUGAAAGACGUGAGAGAACCUUUGCUUCUCUCAGGUCUGCGAGGCAUGCCUAGUCUCCAGCUCCACUCUCCCAGAAAGCUGUCACAAACUGUUUAGGUCACGGCUCUGCCUGACGAGAGACUCGCACAGAUGCGAAUAGAGGGAGGCAAAACGGAGAGAAAGAGAGAGAGAGAGAGAGUGAGGGAGAGAGAGGGAACAUGUGAGGCAAAGAGAAAGAUGAGACAGAAUAAUUACCCCACCAGCUGCUUUGGAAAUGGUCAUUACUGAACAUCCACAUUAUUUGCCCAUUUUUCAGUUGUGUCUCUAAGGUCAAGUGGGGCUGUAUGGAGCCAGAGGUCAGAGACAACAGCCCCAGAGCGGACGCAUGACAUCGCUGUCACCCGUCCAGGCACAUAUCGUCACCCUGCGCCUUAGCCCUUUGAGUCACAUGCUAUAAAGUGACCUUUUUUGAGCAAACUGAGUCUUUCUCCCAUUUCUCUCUGUAAUAAUUGUAUGAGUGUGUGUGUCUGCUUGUGUUUUCUGUCCAGCUCUGUCUUGUCUUUCAUUAGUGCAUCAGUGAGAAGGGCUGGCUGCCCAAAGUACAAGUCCAGUAUCCAGAGGCCAGCAGUCCGGCUGCCAAAGACACUCUCAGUCACCUCCUCUGCCUCCCCGUCCUCCUCCUUGUCCAGCUAACCCCCCACCCCCCUCACCCCGUGCACCGUAAACAUACACAAACAUAAACACACACAUACACACAUCAUGCACUACCCAGGUACAUACCAGCCUCAGUGCUUUGGGGGGGUGUAAUACACGUUCCCCUCACCAAAAGCACCGCUGCAUCCUCAGGCCCUGUUAUCUGUCAGUAUGGGAGGUCACAGAAGUGCAUGUGUGUGUGUUUAUGCACAUUAGUUUGUGUGUUUAUUUAACAUUCACUGUGUCAUCAUAAAGACCCAACCCCUUUGUAAACCCCUCUGGUUGCUUUCCCUGUGGCUUUAGCUGUAUAUUCAGAUUUACACUUGAACUGGGUUUUUUUUACCUCUUAUGGUAACAACAGGUUUCAUAAUGUUUAAAGACAUUGGACUGUUUUGGUUUGCAUUCAGUUGUCUUUGCCUUACAUAGUUGGGCUUCAUGCCCCCUUAAGAACAACCAUUUCAACUGGUGUGUAGGAGAAACUUCUAGGAAAUGAGCACUAUGCUAUACACUAGUGCCAUCAGUACAGAAUAGAAUAUAAGUAUUGUAUCACAUAAUGCUAUUUUACCCAGAGAACGGCCUUUUAGAAAGCAAGCCGCGACUUUCGUCUGCAGUGCACCACUUUAUAAUGCCUUUGUUCUCUAUUGGGUCAUAAUAUCACACUAAAAGAAAACCAGGAUAGACUAUUAAGAAAAUAAACCCUUUGAGGUGCUGGUUUGACCAAAACCACGCUCCGAUGUAAGACUACAGGUCACGAGUGUUGGUCACUGUAGCGAGUUAUGGUGAGUUGGUUCAAAGCGGUGAACCCAUCCUUGUAACUGUCAAGCCUGUAAUAGGCUGUGCUCACAAUGCUGCUAACUUUCAGGAUGGCAUUUACAGCCAGCACAAUGAGGAGCUACACAUCUGCAUAAAACCUGAACAUUCCUGAACCCAAUAGAUAUCUCCAUGCCAGGACAGUCCCAGCCUUCGUUCUUCUUGAAGCCCCUCAAAUAUAGACACACCUUACAUACCUAUGGGGCAAAUAUAACAGAUCUGAAGGUACUUUGUUGAUGGCACUAUUAAAAACACCUCAUCAGGGCUAAAGAAUUCUUAUUAACUGUUUUAAGAUUUGCCAGGUUUCAUGAGGCUGGAUAGAAAAAAAAUGCUUUCAGUGAUAAAUAAAAAAAUAAAUAAAAAUAAAAAUAAAUAAAUAAAAUAAAAUAAAUAAAAUUGUCAGAAAAACAGAAAGAGGGGGAAAAAUAUUUGUACAAAAAAACAGAAGAAAAAAGAAGUCAGAAAAACAGAAAGAGUUAAAAAAUAGUCCAGAAAACAGCAAAGAAAAAACAAAAACAAAAACAAAAGAAAAAGUGUCCUUUUUUUGGGUAAGUGAAUGCAAUACGCUUCCAUAGUGAUAACAUAGUUUGAUGUCAAAAAUUAUUUGUGUAUUAUUAUUAAUAAUUAUUUGUAUUGAAUCCAAGAUGUUGAAAAGGGCUGUUUAGAUACGUGUUGAAAUUUUGCAUUCCAAUAUAACAACAGCUGUGUAUGCCAAGGAUUCCUUUGACCAGAUUAUUUAUUGUUGUUUAUUUUAUUGUGGCUAAGGUGCAUACAGAGCAGGAAAUGUAAUAAGUUAUUUUUAGCCAAAAUAUGAACCAAAUCUAUCCUUAAAAAUUCAACACCUGCUGGUGAACUGACCUGGAUGAUUUACCGGAUUUGUUGAAAAAGAAUUAAACUCAUUUGUUCUCCUGACAUAUUUUUUUAUUGGAGCAAGAGAUGUAUCGUUUUAUGAGUUGUAUAAUGAUUUAAUAUCUGUGAAGUACAAUAAAACGAUACAAAUUUUCAACAAGUGUUUUCCAAGCCGGGUGAUUAAAAUGAUGUAACUCAAAGAUUUCAUUAAUACUGACAGGGCGUGGAUGGUUUAAUCUUCACCCACCUCCACUAACAAAGUGACAGAGUGAAAAACAGCCCUGAUUCCUCUUGUAGUUGUGUCAGAUGACAGAAUUUAUUAGUUUUGAAGUCAUCAAAAUUCAACAAGUUUCUGUUUUUCCAUGGUGACCCAUUAGCAUGUAAAGAUGUCUUGUGCAUAUUAAUAAGUGUUGUUGUGUCAUAGUGUUUUUGUGAGCGCGCGUGUGUGUGUGCAUGUGUGUGAAAAAGUAGCCAGUGUGUCCCUCCAGCCUAUGCCUCACUUACCUCCCUUGGACCAAACACACAUAUACAACUCUUGAAAUACACACACACACACAUGGAAGCACACACCUGACAUGUGACACACGGGCAGCGGAGCGGGCACAUCACAGCCGGGGCGUUUUAAUUGCCUGUAAUUUAUGCGGUGUGUGUGUGUGUGUGUGUGUGUGUGUGCUGUGCGUGUGUCUGGCUGUCAGCCUCUGAGAUGAUGCUGUGUGACAGCUGCAGUCCAGCCCCUGGAGCUAGCCGCUCAUAAUGACACAUUAGACAUACUAAUGAUGCCUGAGCGAGUCCACUACUGACGCUACCUACCUCCACUGCUCCAGCCGGCCUCUGUGCUUCUGUACACCCACUCACUCUCUGCCCAUUACUGACCUUUACGUCUUCAUUCAAUCUCUGCAAACACGAAAAUGUCUUCUGACUGGGAAUAAACUGAUGCUGAUGUUCACCUUUUCAAAUACUCGUCUCUGAAAAAGUCACAUGUGAGAUCUGGCAUGGAAGUUUAAAGCAUAUGUGAUUUAAGGACAUGUUGGCCUUUGUAUGUGAGCCUAUAACUUUAUAAAAAAAAAGUCUGUGAAGUUUUGAAUUCUGAAUUUACCUUUCUGAGUGUAAAGAUUUGUCCUUUUUUGGUGCAGACAGUGUCAAUGUUUUUGAAGGAACUUUCAUCAAGAAAGUGGCCAUGGUUGAGAUCAGCUCUGCUAAAAUCAAACAGCACCUUUAUAGUUUAGCCUAUGUGUCUCCUGGGUAACCCCAGUAAGUGUUCGGUGGUGAACUUUAGUAGUAGUGUAAUGAAUGUUUCUCUUUCCUGUUUGUGCACGUUCAGGGAUGCUGAGGUCUCUCAUGCGGCAAGGACAGUACUUCUGCCAGGAGUGCGGGAAGAGUUUCAGUCAGCCGAGCCACCUGCGCACUCAUAUGAGAUCCCAUACAGGUAAAUACAGCCGGAACAUACACACACUUACAAAUAUGUAGGUUGCAGACAUGCUCACAUUUUAAGUCCUUGAGCAAAAAAAAGGUUAAGCAUGAUGAAAACCAUUCAAAGUGAAUCCUACCAGUUUAUACCUCAGUAAAGUUUAUACCUCCUACACUUUUGUGUAACACGAUGAACACAGUAGAUUCAAAAAUUAGCCACAACACAAAAUAAUACAUGUAUCACAGAUCCUAACCUGACAAAACAAUCAGCAUUAAGCUAUGGUAUUACACCAGUGGUUCUCAAGUCCAGUCCUCUAGGCCCACUGUCCUGCAUGUUUUGGAUGUUUUCCUGCUCAAACACACCUGAUUCAAAUGAUCAGCUCGUUAUUAAGCCAUUACAGAUCUUGAUAACGAGCUGAUCAUUUGAAUCAGGUGUGUUGGUGCAGGAAAACAUCCAAAACAUGCAGGACGGGGGGGCACGAGGACUGGACUUGAGAACCACUGUAUUACACUAAUAAGUUAAUAUUCAAUUUAAAGCUCCAGUGAGGGAUUUUUUUUUGACAGUUACAAAACAGACUAAAAUUAAGUGUUUUCUUUUGACAACUUACAAAAGUAAAAAAAGCCCAUCCACAUACAGAUGAACUAUCUCUAUACAGUUCAUUUUACUGUCUGAAACAGCUGGCAGGAGUAGGUGUCAGUCAAAGAGUUUUAGUGCCCAAAGUAGAAAUAACCUUUGUGAAUAUUAAUUACAGCAAAUGAGUAUCAGGUAGUGUUAAAAUGAGUGAAAUGAGAUUUUUUCGUAAAAGUAGAGGUUAGAUGAUUCACACAUGUGCAAGAUGCAGUCAAUAGAGCUACUCGCCAGACAUGGAGUAGCUAAAGCUUAAAUGAUAACUGCAUAAAAAUGACCAGUCCUGUUACUUGUGGUUUUAUUUGCUGAUAUACAGUAUAUCAUAUAAAUGCACAAUGAUGAAUUUUUAGCCCAUUUCAUGAAUGUGAAUAAAAAUCUCCAAAACUAACCCAUAUUAUGUAUAUUCUCUUAUAAAGUCAUUCACAUACAAAGGAAGGAGUGUGUUCCACUGAAACUGUAAUAUAGUUUGGGAUUCAGUACCUUUUAUUUUUUAACUGGACUCAUUUUACUCAUUUUUUGAUUUUGAGAUACAAAAUCUGAAAACUUUCAACAAUAAAGUCCCAGCCAAGACAACUGCAACAAAGUUUCACACCAUGAGGAACAACAGACUGUACCAAGCAACACUACAAAUACAUAUGAUAUGAACUCAGAAAAGGCAAAAUGAUUUACCACCACUGAGCAAAUCAAAUCAAAUGCAAUAAAUAAAUAAAAAAGACCCUGUUGUUAAAUUAGGCAGAUUAACUACUUUUCUGAGACAAGACACAGUGGUACACUCUGUGUCAGGAAAUAUGUGUUUUAUUUAUACUAAAAGAAUAAUAAGUCAAGCUAUAUGUCCAUCAUUAUGUAGUUAACAAGCAGUUCUCUUACGGUUUAUGAACCAUGAAGGUGAUGCAUAUGAUCGAUGUUUGCCUGAACCUCGGCCUUCAGGAGCCUGAACAUAGAUUUUUUUUAAUGUAGUAUAAGUAAUUGAAGUUAAAAACAAUGAUUAAAAUGGGUUUGAAAUGAAAAAUGAUAGGUGAUCAUGUUGCAGGAGUGGGUGUGACAGAGCGAGAUCAUUUAGUUUUCCUAAGAAGACAUUUUAGUGAUAUGUCAGAAAAGUUGAAAACCUCAUUAGCUACUUUUUAUUCAUGUAAAACGAGAUGUUCCCUCUUUUUUAACCACUCCUUCAACAGUCACCCAUCCCCCUGCCACCUGCGCGCACACAUCAUCAUCCUCGCAGCUAUUUAUUCACCCAGAAACACUCGCAUGAGAUAUAGAGAAUAAAUGCAUGGGGAUUCACAUUCUCAACAUAUUUCAUCGUCUGACUCUCCCAAAUAAAUCACAACAGAUCUUUUGGUUCAGCUGAGUGUGACAGGCGGUCUGUGAGUCGUCCCCGCCCUGGGCUGGGCAGCUGUCUCUAUUUUUUAAACUGAAACAUGAUUUGCUCCGGAUACUGACCUGUGACAAAUUGUAUACAUUAUUAAUCACAUGUCAAUUAGAGAGAUGGAAUUGUGCAUUCUAAUGAGACAGAGCAGCAUUUGUCCACGCCAACCCUGUGAGGACAUUUGCAUGUGUCCUGAUGCCAUUCACUGAACAGCCUGAUGUAGACAUACCUCCACCUCACUCCUCCACUUUCUGCAUAUCUCUCUCUUUUUACUCUUUCUUGAUGGCUAAAUCUCUUUAUUGCCCUCACUUGCAGCCUUUUCCUUUCUUUUUUUUUCCUCUAUUUUGCUCUCUUUCUUUUCACUUCUACUCGUUCCCUACUUUACCUCAGCUUUCUUUUUUCUUUUCCCCCUUACUUUUCCUCUGAUGUGUCCUCUCUCCUUGGCUCUUUUAUAUCCCCCCCCCUUCAGUUUCUUGAUUCGGACUCUUUGGUCCGUCCUUUUCCUAUAUCACUUCCUCAGGUCUUAUAUACUUUCCUUCUCUACCUUUUUUCUGUCCUUUCUUGCUCUCCUAUCUUGAGGCUCUUCCUAUCUGCUGUCCUUUCAUUUAUUUAGAUUUCUCUCAUUUGACUUUACGUUCUCUUCAAUUCCUCUUUGGUUUCCUUAAUUUCUGUCUUUCAUGCUUUUCUCAUCUUUUUUCCCUCUCUUCUCCUCAAUUUAACCCUUCCUAUUCCUCAUUUCUCCUUUCCUUUUUUAUACUUUUCUUGUUUCCUCAACCUCUUCCAUAACUUUCCAUUACACCUGUGUGUUGUCAUCUUUUAUCUCCUCUUCUCUACCCUUCUUUCCUCACCUUUUAUACCCCCUCCUCUUCUCAUCUACUUUCUCUUACCUUUCUUAUUCCCUCUCAUCCCGCCUUACCUCUCUCUCUCUCUCUCUCUUUGCUUUCUUUUCUGUCUUUCUCCUUCUUCCUCCUCUCCUGUCCUGUCAUGUCCAUCACCCAUGCUGGCAGUGAUCACAGCCGACAGUGUGAUAAGUAGCUUCUUUAUGGAGAGUGUGAAUGAUAUGUGGCACGGCCAGUGAUUCCAAGUGACAGAGGCCAAAUGGUAAGUGAUGCAGAGCUCAGCUUUCCCCGGGGCCGUAUUGUAAACACACACACUGCAUUAACAAACACACACACACGCACACACACACACACACACAGCCAUGCGCAGGGUCUGUAAACACUUGCCGAGGCUGUAAUUAAUGUUGUCACCGACGCUUGUCUUCAGCAUGGACGUGCACACGCAGAAAAGGCCAGCCACCCCGAGGCCUCUAUUAACAUGCGUCAUAUUAAAUCACUGACUCUCCUCCACCAGGUUCCAUCACCAUCAUCAUCAUCAGCAUCAUCAUCACUGCCAGCUCCCCUCGAUUAGCAAGGGUGCUGGUGGCAAACACUGCUGUGUUCUGGGGCUGGUGGAAUUAAAAAAAAAAAAUGCUUGGUAGCGCUUUUAACCGAAUGCCCUCCUCCCCUUCCUUCCUCCUCCUCCUCCUCCUCUUCCACCUCCUUUUCCUUCCCUCCCCCCCCUUCCAUCCUCCUUCUCCCCUCACAGUUGGGUUUGAUUUUAACGGACUCCACAGAGGUACUGACGCUCACACCACCGCUACUGAAGCUCCCAAACAAGUAUGUGGCACGAUGGCUAACACCGGGCUCCUUCAUCGCUUUAGCAUGUUCCUCCUCCUUUAUUUUUGUUGUUGUUGUGUCACCUCCGCAUGUUGUGUGUGUGUCUGUGUCAACCCGGCCUUCGCAUCCUUUUGUCAGUGUUUUUUAUUAUUAUUUGUAAGAGUCAUGUGGCACCCUCUGCACCUGUAUUAACACCUGGCAGUCUGGCAUGCAGCUGGAUGAUGACGAGUGUCAAAAGUACAAACACAUUGAAACACUCCAUUUUUUUUUUUUUUACACCAAGCCUUUUAAGCAUAUUUUAAUCAAACUUUAAGCAUUGAUGUGUUUUCUAAUUUCAAACUCAUAUUACUGCCAUUUUCCCUGGAUAUCACCCAGAGUGAAAAGCUCAAAUUAUGUCAUAAUUUUACUAGGGCUGGUACUCGAUUAAAAAAUUUGUCCCAUUAAUCAGAGGCUUUGUAAUUAGAUUAAUCGCAAUUAAUCGCAUUUUAAUCGCAUAUGAAUAUUUGACCUGAGAACAGUGAGAAUCAUUUUUUUAACAGUGUACAAGUGAAUCAAUGAAUAGUGAACUGAAUGAAUACAUACGCUUAAGCAAUCAAGACCUUAUUUUUUUCAAGGUGAUACUUAACCAAGACCAACAGAUCAGUGAUUUUUUUAUGCCAGUCGAGUGAUACCCAGUGAGCCAGAGUUUGUUAAUUUUCUUGAUGUGGACUUACUCAUCUUAGCUCUGGGUGAGCGUGGGUUGGGUGUGGGUCGCUGUACUCGAGGUCAGACUAACAUUAGCUUCCACGCUAGCUGCAGCAUGUUUAGCAUUCAGGUGAUACCAGAGGCUUGACGUGCUGCGGUGAUAUGCAAAUUAGUUUUUGCAUAGUUUGCACAAGACUAUAUAUAUAUAUAUUUUUUUUAUCCAGGCUUCCAUCCAUCUUUUUUUAAAACAAAAAUGCCCAUCCAUGCCGGAGCCAAUCAAAGCACAUUCAUCCGCCCCUGAUUAUUUUGACUUUUUGCAAUUUUUUAUAGCAAAGACGUUAUUGUCCGUCUUCUAACAUAACUUAAACGUUCACAAAUAUUUAACGUUUUAAUAUGGUGUGAUGUCCCUUCAGGUCUGAACUGUUUCAUUAUCAGUUAACUUUACAGGUUUUUCAUCAAUUCAAAUUCAAAACACGAUAAUGACGAUAAUGAAUGAACCUGGAGACACUGAAGCAACAUUUUAGCGUCUCACCUUCAGCAUUAAAUUAGAGGAAAAUGACUGCUAUGUCAAUCUGGUCAGCUGUCUAAAAGCUCUUCCACCCCUCACAGAUACAUAUAAAGAUCACUUUGAUGAACAACAUGAAAUUAACAUCAAGAUAUCACUGCGUCACUGCAUCUCCUCAUAACAUCCAUGCAUUUGAGCGCACCUUUACUUUCUUUAUUACUUCCCUUUUGAAGUGUGGCACUUCUCAGUUGCUCUCUCAGUUGUACAAAACUUAACCCCUGUUAUCUUUGCACAAUACAAUAGAGCAAACUUCAGCAGGAGUUCUCCUGUAUGACAGCAGAAAGUUAGUAUUUGUUCAGUGGUUGCACAGAGGACUGUAAUAUUCUUCAGUAGUGGUUCUAGUAAACUAUAAACUGAAGUCAUUUUCCUCCCUCUAAAAUACCUGUUGAUGGCAUUUUGUUGUUGAGGCAAUUAGUGAAACAACCUUGUAAGUGGAUUAGCUAAUCAUGAAGCCGCAUUAAAUCAUGAUGGUCUAUUUCGGGGUAGCAAACAAAACAAAAACAUAAGGAACAUGCAUGGUUGAUAAAUAUGUAUUAAACAAAGCUUUUGACUAAUUACUGUAACUAACACGGUGGAAAAAUGCUCAUCAAUCCAUCAGUUUAAUUCCAAAGAUAAAUUUUUAGAUGGAAUAACAGCUCAAUAUCUAAAGUUUACAAAUACAAUCCCUCGUAGUUUGUUGAAUGACAUUUCAGGUUUUCAUUGAGUCACAGAGACGAGCACUGAGGCAGAGGAGACAGAAGAGUAAAUCAGUUCUGCUCUGACAUUCGGAGAGCGCCGGUUUCCACACGCCGCGCCUCCAUCUUAAUUAAUCACACACAUCACACACUCACGCACCCACAUGGACUCAGAUUUACCGCACGCCAUGAAUGAUGGGAGCAGGCGCUGCGGAGGGGUCCAAUUAGAUGUAGUGUUGACGCUGCUUUACGGUGACGAUAACCUUUAGUAUAAUGUAGUGCACCGGUUCCGUCAGCGAUGUUUCCUCGCAGGACGAUGUCGUGGAGGUUCCUGCUUUCCUCUCACGUCUCACCCUCACCGUCUCUCCAGCUGUUUUUUUUUUUCUUUUUUUUUUAGAUUUUGGUGUGAUUAAUUAUCCCUUUUUUGUUUUUAUCUCUCUCUCUCUUUCUCCCCCUCCUUUCUUCCUCUCUGUUGUGUUUCUGAUGAUGUAUGAUAACAGCUAUAUUUCCUUGUUUCUUCUUCAGGGAGAAGGGUGCGGGAAGGGGGCAGGGAGAGUCAUUUGUUUUCCCGCUUUGAUACUCUUCCAUUUAUCAAAAUGAUAAUUAGGUGCAAUUAAAUGGCAAUCUCAUUUGUUUUGUUCAGGUGUGUGUUGCUUAUUAUUAUUUUUUUAUAUUUUCUGCAGAGGUGUUGGUGCCAUUGUAGGUCAGUCUAAUUAGAAGAGAGAGUGCAGGUUGUGUGUGUGUGUGCGUGUGUGUUUGUUCGUGUGUGUGUGUGUGUGUGUGUGUGUGUGAAGUGUGUGUGAAGUGUGUGUGAAGUGUGUGUGAAGUGUGUUGGGGGUGAUCAGGUGAUUGAGGGGUACAAAGACCAACGUAGGACCGUUCAGUUUGAAAGGAAAUAAAGCCGACUAAUGUCAUGUGUAGAAGCUAAAUUAGUUCUAUUGAUAUUAAGGGAAAUUAAAUCUUAAAAAGUUAAAUAUGAGGGUUUCACAGAUGGCCGAGUGGGUCAGCCCGGAACCGUGGUCCCUGCAGCGGUCGUGGGUUCGACCAUGUGCUACAUGUCCUUCCCCUUCCUUCUCUAUCUCCCCACAUUUCACCCUGUACUAUCAAUAAAAAACACAAAAUCACCAAAAAUAAUACAUGAAAAUAAAAAAAGUUAAAUGUGAAUGCCUGUCUGAAUCUUCAUCAUGUCCCAUUUCAAGCCGAGUGCCUCACAAGUCUCAGUUUGUUCGUCUGCGUGUUCACUUGUAUCCAUUUUUGUUCCAACCACAGCGAGUCUCUGUGUUUCAUCUUGUUAUGUCUCAUUGAAUCCUCUUAAAAAAUCUCCAAAUUCUACCUGUGACGUCCUCUCCGGCCCGCACCUGACCUUUUAUCUCUGAUAUGUGUGUGUUAUUUGUGUGUUCACCAGGGGAGAGGCCAUUCUGCUGCCAGCUCUGCCCAUACCGAGCCUCUCAGAAAGGGAACCUAAAGACGCACGUCCAGAGCGUCCACCAUAUGCCUUUUGACAACAGCCAGUACCCAGACUCGAGGAGCUUGCUACUGAGCCAGGAGGAGCAAAGAGAGCUGGAUGCCAAACAUCCACCAAACAUCAAAUAG